CUCGGAACGGACUGAAAGAAUGACGGGAAGAGCAACACCAGCGUCAGAUCCGACAAUGGAUGCUUGUCAAGCCUCAACAACAGGCUGCACGAGGAGGCGAAGGUCAGCUGUUCUCCACCAUCGGCUGUCGGUGGCUGCGACCGUCUUCCUCUCAUCGUUGCUCUCCAUGCAGCUCGCCACCUCCCUCCGCGUCACACAGCUGGACAUUCUUCGCUCGAGAUCUCACCCGCGGCGGCACCUUCCAAGAGAUCCAUUCAUCGCCUUCCUGCACUCGCCGCUCACUCUCGCCGUGCCCGCGAGUCCCCUGCCAUCAUCACGGCAUCAUCCACAGCACAGCAGAAGGAUGCGAGCACCCACACUCAGCACAGUCACUCUCAGGAUGAGUGCGUCAGCAUCAGCAGCAGGGUCGCCAGAUGAGGAGGCGAUGGAGGACGAGUCCAUAGGGAAGGAGAUCAUCAUGAAGGACCAGGCCACCAACCGGUACCUGCAGGCCACCGUCUACGACGUCCUGCCCGUCAACGACAUCAAGUACGUCCUCUGCGCCCCCAACCUCACGCCCGUGUGCUUCUCGCGGGAGGACCCCGAGAGCGGCAUGCAGCUACAGAUCGGUGCUGACGAGCCUAUAGUGGAUGAGCUGUGGGGUCUGGUGGCGCCUCAGCUGGAGGAGGAGGGCGUGGUGCUGUACCGCACGCCGUUUGUCUUGACGGCUGACGGGGAGCUGGACGCCUUCAUGGAGGAACAGGAGGGCAAAGAGGCGGAGGAAGGAGGUCAGUCAGCACGUGGGUGGGUGACGGAGGGAGGGAGGGACGAUGGUAAAGGAGUUCAGACGAAUAGGGGCUGAAUGCUUUCUCCUCUGUGUGUGUGUGUCUGUGUGCGUGCGUCAGCGGGAGACGGUGUGUUUCGGGAUGAGAAUGGGCAGUGGUGGGUCGAGACCGACAGUAAGUGUUCACACACGUGGCAGCGAGGAUACAUACCCCCUCACAGCAAGUAGCUGAGUCAAUGUGUGUGUGUGUGUGUGUGCGUAGCUGGUAAGGUGCCGAUCAAGUACACGGGCUACAGCCCCACCCUGGGCGUCGAGGACGAAGAAGACGCACUCAGCGGUAAGAUGACAGGACAAAGACGGAACCGGGCGGAGGCCAUGAGUGCGGUGAGGUGCAUGAGUGUGUGUGUAUGUAUGUGUGUGUUUGUCAGACUACAUGGGGGACUAUGAAGAGGAGUGGACGGCAGGAGAGAUCAGCGCCGACAUGGAAGAAGACGUAACCGACUACCCACACACACACCCGCACACUGAAACAGACGAAUGCCGCCCGCCUCAUGUUUAUGUGGCAUGCUAUGCAUCCACCCAUGCCAUGGCAUGCAGGUGACUCCGUUGGCGUCGCUUGAGUACAAGGGUGUGGAGUACGAGCUGUCGCGUCUGCCCGACUCCAUCCGCAUGUUUGGCGUGCCCACCGAUGAGGUCUUCGAUGGAAAACCCGUCUACACAUGGCCAUCGGACGAAGAGGUAUGGAUGUAUGUGUGUGUGGGUGGGUGUGUAUGCAUGCUCGCACACAAACAAUCGUAUUGUGUGUUGUGUGUCAGAUUGAGACUUUGGAGUACGGGCUGGAUGAGGACAGGAGAAUGCUGGAACAAAUACCCAAGGGUAUCUGAGGGGACGGGAGGGGAGGGGAGAUAGACGGAAGGCAGAUAGAUACAUAGUCUCUGUGCGCUGCAUGGGAUGUGUUACUGAUCUGUUUGUUUGUCCGACUGUCCGUCCACCACUCAAAUGUGGUGUGGUGAACAUUGUGACCUGUCUGUGUCUCGGAUGUCAUUCAUUCCAUGCAUGUUUUAAAGCCUCUUGUAUCCGCUCCAAGUCGCAAAUGGGCUCACCUAGACAGAUCUCCACUUCUUGAGGAUCGCGACCUCGGGGGGCGGUCAAGGGGCUUCUUCCGGCGGAGACUCAAUGCCUUAUCUGUGUGAUCC